AUGCUCAUAUUAAAAUUUUGUCUCACCCUGUUCAGCCUGCUUCUCGGCGUGGCCAGCGUUCACGCCGAAGUAGCAGAGGCCGUCCGGCCAACACAUGCUAUUGUCGAUCAUAUCCGAGACGUCCAACAACAAACCUUGGAUCUCGCCGCAGCUGUUCAAAAUUUCAGUGGCGACACCUUCGAUUCUUUCCCCAUCUCGAGAGCAGGCAGAAACCUCCUUGAAGCCAUCGAGGAGGGCACCGAGGCAGCCAAAAGCUCGAAAGAGGUGUCUGUCACAAUAGCCAUCAAGAUCAAGACGGCAACUAAGAAGCUGCUGAAGGAUAUCGAGUCCUCGCUGGCCAUCCUCAUCCACGCCAAGCCUAAGUUGGACCACGCAGGAAUCACCUUUAUCAUGAUCGCCAAACUCAAGGACGACCAGGAGGAGGCGAACCGCUUCAUAGCAGCCAUUGUGGACAAGCUGCCCCCGGUCGGCAAAAGGACGGGGAGGAAGUUAGGAAAAAAGAUUGCCGCUGCGUUUGAAUUCGCCAUUUCGGUCUUUACCGAGGAGCUUUAA